AUGUGCAUGGGAUGCGGAGGCAACAAGGAGUCGAAACUUUUCUACGUGUCAGACAGGCAGCUGGCUCUGCAACGGAAAGCUGAGGAGCUUGUUGGAGAAGCAAACGUAGAGGAUGAAGCUGUUUUGAAGAAUCAAAUCAAUUGUGCAGUGGAAUGUGCCAACACUUUCUACAAGCUGCAGUUGAUCAAGAUCUCGGAGGAGUUUUCCUCGUUGCGAGACACGAUCGGCACACUCUACGAUCUUCACAGUGAUCUAGAGCUCAAGAAGUCGAUCGAGAUGCCAGUCAAGCAUCACGUUGCGCACAGCGACGUCUGUUGUGACGACUGUCAUCCAACGAGGAGCGAGAAAGCCCGCGGAAAAGUCCUUGGAAGGGAGGGAGUUUUGAAGGGAGUGCUCGAGAUCGACUGUCUCCGAUCCUUCUCUCUCCUCAACGCCAUUGCGAUCAAGAAGGUGCUUGAGCGACAUUGCACUCAGAACAUCAACGAUAUAUGUUGCAACCUUAACGAUUGUCAGAUCAUCGAGAUGAAGGGACUUUCAGACGUGAUCUGCCCUGAUGUUCCUGCUGUGUGCGACUCUGACUGCUGA